AUGGCGUCAACACAUUUAUGCCCACAUUAUUCAAUCAAUUUCAGCAAGAUUGAUUAUGUUAAUCAUUGUAGCUUUGAUGACCACUUUUACGCCGUCACGCUCGGUCGCUCCUAUUGCGCCCAACUUUUUCUCGACUGUGGAGCCAAUUCCAAUCACCAGGACCAAAAGGGACGCACUCCGCCGUAUUGCGGCGCCACCAAGAGGCAGACGGAAACGUUGCGGCUGCUGGUCCAGUAUCAAGCGGAUCUCUGGCUGAGGAGCACCAAAGGAGCCGUGCCACUGCACGACCUGCACGGCCACAAGGAUCUCGUCCUGUGGAUCCUGCGGCAGUGCCAGCAGCAGCAGCAGGCCUACACGGAGAACCAGCGACAGAUGUCGGUGAUGGUCCACAACAACGCCGAGAUGAUGGACUACCCGAACGACAGUCAAAUGUCGGGCCGGUCGUCGAUGGUUCAACUUCCGCAUUUGGCCGGACACAAAAGCCGCACCGUCAGCCGACUGGAGGACAGCGCCACUCAGACGCAAGUGGAAGAAUCUUUCUUCAGCGAGAACAAGGAUGAAACAGAGAUCCAGCUGUCGAGCGCUGGAGUGAGACUGGGCGAAACGGAGAGCGGAUUGAGGCAACUCCGCUGGAAGUCGCGUCAGCGCUACUCUGACGAUUCCGGAUCGGAAAGCGACGAUGAGCAGCACCUGCCUGGAUUGCGUUACCACCAACAGCAGCAGCAGCAGAGACCCAAUUUGUCGCAGUUCGUGUCGGUCGGUGGCGCUCCUGGGACGGGCGGAAGCGGUGGCGACGGAAGCAGCCACGGCCUCAGCAACAUCAACACGUUUGAAAAACAAAACGACGACCCACUCGCCGUUGAUGGACGAUGUCGAGUCGAGCCGGAAGCGGUCCAAAUCGGAGCGCCGUUCGGAACACGAAGGAUCGUCUGCCCACCCGCCGACGGCAACUCAUCCGCACAGCGAGCGGAUCAAGUACAAAGCGGAAAUUCCCAUUUCCGUCAUCCGCGCCGCUCAAGCCAAAACCCGAAGGUACAAUUUGGAGAGGAAGAUCUUCCAAUAGCUGUUGGACUGGAAGCAAAUGCAAAUCCGCAUCGGGCAGGCCAACGAGCACCAGGUGUUUGCCAAGCGGCUCAUCGACGGAUUGCGCAGAGACGCCGUCACCGUCGGACUCGGCCCCUACGACGGAUCCUAUUCCUUCCAGCAACUCCAAGUCUACCUCUACAAUCAGCUGAGGAUGGUGCAAGGCGGGUGGACUUUGCUGCCGCUGGUCGAUUCGGCGACGGACCGCGAAGACGCCGCCACCACCAACGGACUGACGUACGGCGACGUCAUCGAGACCGAGUCCACCAAUGGGACGAGCAGGACGACGACGACGAUGCCGGUGGAAAAGUGCACCCACACGACCCAGCGUUGCCCGCACGCCAUGUACGCUUGCACGACGUUGCCACCGGCCUUGGCUGCACGGGCGUGCCCUGCGCUGCCUUUACAGUUCCCUACCACAAACACCACCGGCCCGUCACUCAACAUUAUCAACAGCCACAACAACCAACGAAUCACCCGGGGACGGCCAAGUUGACGACGGAAAACGGGCGAAUCAUUCUGCCGAAAUUGAAUUUGAACAACAACAUCAACAUAAAUGGCUGCAAUUAUUGCAGUAGGGGCCCCAGUCAAAUCAAAAAGUCAAAUCAGAUUAACGAUUGAUUAAAGCACGUCUACGUAAACUAUUACCUAAGGCUGAUCCUUUGAAGAUGAAGGCUAUCACAAUAACAAACUUCAUUCUACUGCUGUUACAAAGCGACCUUAAAAAUUCGUUCGGGUUUUUUUUAUUUCUUAAAAAGUCAGCAUUCGUUCCCGUCGACAAGAUUAUCGCGUUGUCCAACCCAUUAUCGUGCCCGUUGCUUAACUUGUUUUUUAUUUUUUGAUAUUUUCACCUCCAUUGCUCGUAUACGUACUGUAGACGUCAAAUAAUUUAUGAUAUUAUCUAAGUCAAUAAAAGCCUGUUAAGGGUUCGGUAAAA